AUGGAAAAUUCUAAAGAAAUUGAAAAUCAAAAUAAAAUUCAAACUAAUAAUAAAAUUGAAACAAAUAAUGAAAUAGAAACGAAUAAUGAAAUUUUAACUUGUUUUAUUUGGUUUUGUUUAGGAUUUUUGGCAACAUUUGGAUAUAAAAUCCAUGAGAAGUCUGCGAAAAUAUUCGUAAUGAUUUUCACAUUGUCUGGUGACCAAAAUGUAAAUUUUGGAUUUAUUUUUGAAAUUAUUUUAAUUUCUCUUUAUUUUUCUGGAAUUUUAAUUGCGUUUCUAUUGUUUCCAGUGAACAUUUUUUGGUUACAAAUAUUCUUAAAUAUUACUUGUUUUAUGUUUUUAUUAAUGAUUUUACCGUCAGCUAUGCUGGUAAAAUUAACUCCUGAAUCAGCAGAAACCGUAAGAUUAAUCUUUUAUAUAUUAAAUGGAUUCUGUUCAUUUGGUAUUGGAGUUAUUACAAUGAUAGGAGCUUCACUAAUUACUGAUCAUUUUGUUGGUGGAAAAACUUCACUCAAAUUAUUAUUUUACCUUUUGAGUUAUCCAGUAGCUGAAUUUGCAAGUGAUUUGGCCAAUAAUUUCUUUUACUCUUUCUAUCAUGGGUAUUUGAAUGGAUUUGGGAAAAGAUUAGCCAAAUUCAUGUCAUAUGAAUUGGCAAUAAUUUUAUUAAUAUAUUUAGUGACAAGUUUUCUAAUAUAUUCAUUUGGAAAUUACAAAGAUCCAAAUCACAAGAUUUGGAUGAAGUCUAAUGUCACUAAUAAGACUAAUAUCUUUAAAAAAGCAUUAAAAGUAUUUAUAAGACAACCCAAAUCAAUUUUCUUAUUAUUGAUCUCAAAUAUUACUUAUGGAGUCUUUCAAAUUUAUUCAAUGUUGUAUUUGGUAAAUGUUGUUGAUGGGCAAUUUGCAUAUCUUACGAUGUUGUCUAUGACUAUUAGUGUCUUUGAUUUUAUUGGUCGUUUGAUUUCAGGUUUAGUACGAAUUCGUAUGGAGAAAAGAUUAUCUCCUGAUAACUCUGAACCCAAGACGGAAGUUUGUUAUUUAUCACCAAUGUUGAUAAUUUGGCUUUUGGUGAUUUCUCAGAUUAUUAUUCUUCUAGUCACUUGUUAUUCACUUGCCAUUGAUCUGCCUGGUACACUUGGCUCUUUUUUCAGUCAUAACAUUGCCUUACUGAUGUCCUGUUUCUUUGGCUUGGUUAGGGGUUUAGUUGGCUCAAUUGUAUACUAUCGUGCAUCCAAUGUUAAGGUGAAUAAUAUACUGGAAGUCAUAAUUGAUGACGUUUUAACUUCUGACGAUGUUAACUUGGUGAAGUGUUUUGGAAUUGGACUCUAUGUAAUUAUUGAGGGUGUCACUCUGGUUCUGAUCAAGAUUACGAAUAUAUACUUUAUACGUCUUGUACAAAGACAAAUGCAACAACAUUGA